AAACACACACACACAGCAGAAACAAUGGCUGUCUCUCUCUUUCAUUCUUCACUCAUCUCCUCCAUGAGAACUUCAUUGCUGCUUGGUCUGUGGGUUAUGUUUCUGUUUCCUGAGCUUGCAGCAAGCGUGACAAGGCACUAUAAGUUCAAUAUCGAGUAUCUGAACGUGACGAGACUGUGUCACACAAGGAGCCUUUUGAGUGUGAACGGGAAAUUCCCAGGACCUCGCUUAGUCGCAAGGGAAGGUGAUAGGGUUGUCAUUAAGGUGGUUAACCAUGUUUCUAACAAUGUAUCUAUUCAUUGGCACGGUAUUCGUCAGCUGACGAGUGGUUGGUUCGACGGGCCAUCAUACGUAACGCAGUGUCCGAUUCAAACGAACCAGUCAUUCACUUACAACUUCACCAUCACAGGACAGAGAGGAACCUUACUGUGGCAUGCUCACAUUUCAUGGCUGAGAGCAACCAUUUACGGACCCAUCAUCAUCCUCCCAAAGCGCAAUGACUCUUACCCAUUUCCCAAACCUCACAAGGAAAUCCCUAUUCUCUUUGGAGAAUGGUUUAACACAGACCCAGAAGCUAUCAUAAGUCAGGCGUUGCAAACUGGAGCGGGACCCAAUGUUUCAGAUGCUUACACCAUUAACGGCCUUCCGGGCCCUUUGUAUAACUGUUCUUCUAAAGAUACAUAUAAGCUAAAGGUGAAGCCGGGCAAGACUUAUCUGCUUCGGCUGAUCAACGCUGCACUCAACGACGAGCUCUUCUUCAGCAUAGCCAAUCACACACUGACCGUCGUUGAAGCCGACGCUUCCUACGUCAAACCAUUUAACGCCACCACUCUCUUCAUAUCCCCAGGCCAAACCAUGAACGUUCUCCUUAAGACCAAACCCUUCUUCCCCAACGCCACCUUCCUCAUGAAGGCGCAGCCUUACUUCACCGGCCGCGGAAGCAUCGACAACUCCACCGUCGCCGGCAUCCUCCAAUACAAAAACCCGUCGCAGCCCGUCAAGAAUCUCACCGUCCUAAAGCCAACCCUCCCACCCAUAAAUGACACGAGCAUUGUAGCCAACUUCUCGGCAAAAUUCAAGAGCUUGGCCAAUGCUAAAUACCCUGCCAAUGUGCCCCAAAAAGUGGACAAGAGCUUCUUUUUCGCGGUUGGGCUAGGGACGAACCCUUGUCCCAAAAACAUGACAUGUCAGGGACCAAGUAACACGACCAAAUUUGCAGCCUCAGUAAACAACAUAUCUUUCGCACUUCCGUCGGUUGCUAUUCUACAGUCCUACUACCUUGGACGGUCUAAUGGGGUAUACAAGACAGAUUUUCCAGCGAAACCUUUGAACCCUUUCAAUUACACAGGAACGCCUCCGAAUAACACUAAUGUAGGCAACGACACGAAACUGGUGGUCUUGAAGUUUAAUACGAGUGUUGAGAUAAUAUUGCAAGACACUAACAUCCUUGGAGCUGAGAGCCACCCUCUGCAUCUUCACGGGUACAACUUCUUCAUUGUUGGUCAAGGUUUUGGGAACUAUGACCCUAACAAAGACCCUGCAAACUACAAUCUGGUGGACCCAGUGGAGAGAAAUACGGCUAGUGUUCCAUCCGGUGGUUGGAUCGCCAUCCGUUUCUUCGCAGACAACCCAGGGGUAUGGUUCAUGCACUGUCACCUAGACGUUCACACAAGCUGGGGCUUAAGGAUGGCAUGGUUGGUUCAGGAUGGAGCAGAACCGAACCAGAAGUUGCAACCACCACCUUCUGAUCUUCCACAAUGUUGACUUUGAUUGAAUAUAUAUGACCAUGUGGGUCCGCAAAACGACACUGGACUCUUGCUUCUCUUCCUGAGUCAUUUUGCCAUUCUGAGUUCAAUAAUAAUGCGAGAAUCGUCGUGAAAUUCUUUCAUUUGAUGUGUUCAAGGAAAAAGUCGUGGUGGUGACGUCAUUGGGUUUUGUUUAGGGGAUUUUCAAACUGCAUGUUCUAACGUUGUUGUCAUGUUGAGUUGGUAAAUUGGUUGAUGACAUGAGCUGUUCAACAAUAACAGUCAGAGAGGGGUUUGCCUUUUCAUUCGUUAUUCAUCAAUAGCUUUGUUACUUCUUUGACAUGCUCUCUCACUUCCUAAUUUGCUUCUAUUUAAAGUCAAAGUAUUCUAUC